GUGUCGUCGGGCUGGUGGCCCUGUACCUGGUGUUCGGCUACGGAGCCUCCCUCCUCUGCAAUCUCAUAGGAUUCGGCUACCCGGCCUACGUCUCGAUCAAAGCCAUCGAGAGUCCCAACAAGGAAGACGACACCCAGUGGCUGACCUACUGGGUGGUGUACGGGGUGUUCAGCAUCGCCGAGUUCUUCUCCGACCUCUUCCUGUCCUGGUUCCCCUUCUAUUACAUGCUCAAGUGUGGCUUCCUGCUGUGGUGCAUGGCCCCCAGCCCUGCCAACGGGGCCGAGCUGCUGUACCGGCGCAUCAUCCGGCCCUUCUUCCUGAAGCACGAGUCGCAGAUGGACAGCGUGGUGAGGGACCUGAAGGACAAGGCCAAGGAGACCGCGGAUGCCAUCACUAAGGAAGCCAAGAAAGCCACCGUGAACUUACUGGGCGAGGAGAAGAAGAGCACCUGAGCCUCGGCUGCAGGGGCCGCUCGCGCCCGUCGGAGUCCCCAUGCCGCGUUAGGGACUGUGCUGUAAUCAUCUUAAUAAUGUUGCCUUUGAGACAUUUUUGAUAUAUUGGAAAAUGGAAUGUGUUGUAAGGGUUUUUUUUUUUGCUUUUACUAUCUGUAUACAUAGGGGGUGUUUUAAUUUAAAUGUAAUGCAGUAGGUAGUGUCCAAAAUUUUGAAAUAUAUUUUAUCUCUGGGGAGGAAAAGACCUAUGUUAUGAUCCUGCAGGAAAUAUAAGCUUACAAUAAACCUUGUACCCCACCGGCUCUGUA